CUUACACCGGAGCCCCUUUGAGCAAGAGUUAAAAGUUCACAAACAAUUUAAGAAGAAUUAGUAAAACUCUGGAAAAGUGCAGGGGGAACAAAAACAGGUUUUCACCAGAAUGCACACAUAGUCUGCCUGCUUUUUUCACUUCCUUUUCUUUUUUUUUUAAUCUUUGUUCAUUUAGACUGAGAUGUUUUCCAAAACAGAUUGGAAUUUUUGAUAACCAGCCUAAAACCUUGCAGCAGUGGAGAAGAGAACUGAGUGGAGUACCAGCUUGAAAAAUAGAGACUUACUGAAAUUACAUUAUCAAAAAAAAUCACCCAGAAGGAUAUCUUGACAUUUUUAUACCUGCGCUGAAUAGUUUGGACUCAGUGCAGGGACACCUUCACUCUGGUCUGUGGAGGGCUUCCCUCCCUGCCUUCUCAGGCAAUCUUCACCCCCAGCAGCAUGUCCCAAGCUCCGAGGCUGCCUCUAGUCCUCCUCACAGCACACUACCAUGAUCAGAUGGACUGCUGGAGGGAGUAAGGCUGCCUCUGCCUCGUCCUGCUCCAGGGCUGGGUUAGGGGCUCGUUCAGGCUCUGGGGCCACCUUCAGACUACGGUCAUCAGCACUGCUUAUCACCCCGUCUUUUCCUGUACUAGUCACCCUGUUGGUUUUUUUAUUAUCCCUGCAUGAGGCUGCCUGCCAUCAGUUCCACCGUGACACAGAUAGGGUCUCCAGCCCACGGACUCUCAGAGCUCCAGUGAACAUUUCUGAAGCUGAGCUGAUCUCUAGAGCCAGAGCCAAUGGGGGCCCUGUGGGUCGGACUGGUGGAGCACAGGGGAGGCAUGUGCGCAGUUACAAUCAUCUACUAGGGGACAUACGAAGGAGAAAGCUGUUCUCUUUCCAGAGGUUUUUCCUGAGGAUCGAUAAGAAUGGAAAAGUCAAUGGAACCAAAAUCAAGGACGACCCCUUCAGUAUUCUGGAAAUCACAUCAGUGGACGUGGGAGUGGUGGCCAUCAAAGGGCUAAACAGCAACUACUAUCUGGCUAUCAGCGAGAAAGGAGAGCUGUACGGAGCGAGAGAGUUUGGUGUCGACUGCAACCUGAAGGAGCGGAUUGAGGAGAACGGCUACAACACGUACGCAUCAGCCAAGUGGAAGCAUGGGAAGCGGCAGAUGUUUGUGGGUCUGAACGGCCAGGGGAAGCCGAUGAGAGGAAAGAAAACCCGAAGGAAGAACACAGCCACACAUUUUCUUCCAACUGUUGUGUGAACCUGUGCACUCAGCUGGAGAGGGACAAUAUGAAACUCUGAAAAUGGGAGGUUUAUAACUCUGAAAAGUAAGAAAUCUCUCAUUUGAUUAAAAAAAAAAAAAGGCCUAACACUGUCAUGCAUACAAGUGGUCUCUUCUUUUCUGGGAGAUGGUGUUACCUGUGUUUUCACUGGCACAGAUGCAAUGCUUAUUCUUUUUUUCUUUUCUUUUUUUUUGUCUGUGCCAAACAGUUUGCAGCUGGACUAAGUGUGUGAUGUGGACACAACCGAAGCUACUGUUUCACUAAAUAAACUGUAGUAGAUGCAGAAUUAUCUCAAGAUGUUAUUUAUAUCCAUAUUCUCCUGUGAGACACAUAAACAGAACAGAAAAUGUUCAGGAUGUGGGAAACAAUCAGUGAGUCCGUUUAUCAUGGCAGCAGGAAAUAAUAAAGGAUAGAACACAUUUAAAGCAAAUGUUCAAUACUUAACCACUGUGUUUUUGCCUGAAUUGUAAUGAUUUAUUUAUUUUGUGAAAUAUUUAAC